UGGGUUCCACCCAGUUCGGGACUCUCCAGAGGUGAGGCUGAUGUUUAAAAGCCAGGAGAGACCCCCUGGGAGCGGGGCAGGCCAGUGACCCACGAGAAGGCCAGGAGAGCCAGAAGCACAGCGCAUGAGAAGAAGAAACUGAGGCUCAUGGAAAGAACUUGCUCAAGGACACAUAGCUAAUAAGGGGCAAAGCUGGAUUUGAACAUAGUGCUAUUGAACUGGGCAGGUAGCAGAAUUAUAACAACUUCCAGCAUUCAAGCCCUCUACUCUAAGGUGAGUUGCAUCCCUUGGGGAUCUCCCCAUUAGUAGAAGAUGUGGCCACUCCUUAUGUUGAUGGCUCUGCCAGGACUCCUUCAUGCCCAGCAGGCCUGUUCUCGAGGGGCCUGCUAUCCUCCUGUUGGGGAUCUAUUGGUUGGAAGGACACGAUUCCUUAAAGCCUCUUCUACCUGUGGAAUAACGAAGCCUGAGACCUAUUGCACCCCAUAUGGCGAGUGGAAAAUGAAAUGUUGUAAGUGUGACUCCCGGCUGCCUCAUGGUUACAACAGUCACCGAGUGGAGAAUGUGGUCUCCUCUUCCGGCCCCAUGCGCUGGUGGCAGUCCCAAAAUGAUGUGAGUCCUGUUUCUCUGCAACUGAAUCUGGACAGGAAAUUCCAGCUCCAGGACAUCAAGCUGGACUUACAGGGACCUCUUCCAGCGGGCAUGCUGAUUGAACGAUCACCGGACUUUGGCAAGACUUGGAAGGUCUAUCAAUACCUGGCUCCCAACUGCGCUGCCACCUUUCCCCAUCUCCGCCAGGGCCGGCCUCAGAACUGGCAGGACGUUCGGUGCCAGCCCCUGUCAGCUCCGCACACGGGGCCAAACCGUGGGGGAAAGGUGCACCUCAACCUUUUGGAUUUAGCAUCUGGGAUUCCAGCUUCUCAGAGUCAGAAGAUUCGUGAGCUGGGUGAAAUUACCAACUUAAGAGUCAACUUCACCACACUGGAUCCAGUGCCCCAGAGAGGUUUCCACCCACCCAGUGCCUACUUUGCUGUGUCCCAGCUGCGAUUGCAAGGGAGCUGCCUCUGCCAUGGCCAUGCUGACCGCUGUGCUCCUCUCCCUGGCACCCCUGCUGACCCCUCAGCUAGAGUGCAGGUCCAUGAAGUCUGCGUUUGCCAACAUAAUACUGCUGGCCCCAAUUGUGACCGCUGUGCUCCUUUCUACAACAACCAGCCCUGGAAACCUGCUGAUGACCAGAAUCCUCAUGAAUGCCAGAGGUGUGACUGUAAUGGGCAUUCCGAGACAUGCCACUUUGACCCAGCUGUAUUUGCUGCCAGCCAGGGAGUGAGUGGGGGCGUCUGUGACAACUGCCGGGACCACACUGAAGGGAAGAACUGUGAGCGGUGUCAGCUGCACUACUUUCGGAACAGGCGCCCAGGUGUUCCCAUCCAGGAGACCUGCAUUCCUUGUGAGUGUGAUCCAGAUGGGGCAGUGCCUGGGGCCCCCUGCGACCCAUUGAUUGGACAGUGUGUGUGCAAAGAGAAUGUGCAGGGGGAACGCUGUGAUCUGUGCAAACCUGGCUUCACUGGACUCACCCAUGCCAACCCCCAGGGCUGUAGUCGCUGUGACUGUAGCAUUCUAGGAUCUCGGAGAGACAUGCCCUGCGAUGAGGAGACUGGCCGCUGCCUCUGCUUGCCCAAUGUGGUGGGUCCCAAGUGUGAUCAGUGUGCUCCACAUUACUGGAAGGUGGCCAGUGGCAGGGGCUGUGAGCCAUGUAACUGUGACCCUCGCAACUCCUACGGUCCCCAGUGUAACCAGUUCACAGGUCAGUGCCCAUGCCGGGAAGGAUUUGAGGGCCCAACGUGCAGUGCCAUGUCCAUCCGUCUGUGUCCGGAUCGGACCUUUGGAGAUACUGGUACAGAAUGUCGAGCCUGCGACUGUGACUUCCGGGGGACAGAGGGUCCCGGCUGUGACAAAGCCACAGGUCGAUGCCUAUGUCGCCCAGGCUUUGUUGGUCCUCGUUGCGACCAGUGCCAGAGAGGUUUCUGUGACAAUUAUCCUGUCUGUGUGGCCUGCCAUCCCUGCUUCCAGAAAUAUGAUAGGAACCUUCGAGAGGAAGCCUUUCGUCUUAGGGCCUUGGUCAACACCACAGCUGGGCUCCGGCCAGGCUCUAGCCCAGGAGCACACGGACUGGGCCCUCAGAUUGUGGAGGCAGAAAACAGCAUCCGACAAAUCCAGGCGAUGCUCAGAACGCCCUCGGUCACAGAGCAAGAGAUAACAGAGGUGGCAAACGACAUCUUCUCCGUCAGGAGAAUGCUCCAGAGUCUUCGGACAGAUCUUCCCUUAGAAGAGGAGACAGAUUCCCUUUCAGGAGAACUGGAGAAUCUAGACAGAAGUCUUAAGCUCCUCCUCAUCCAAUAUCAGAACAAGAGAGAGCAGUUUGAGAGAAUUAGUAGUACAGAUCCUUCAGGUUCCUUAAGAAUGUUGACUUCUGCCUAUCAGAUGUCUUCCCAAGCUGCUCAACGUAUUGCUAGCAGCUCAAACUUGCUGCUCCAGGCCCAUGACAGCCGGAGAGAAGCUGAAAGGCUGGAGAGGCAGGUGGAAGGAAGUGGGAGUGCUGGGGGGCCACAACUACAGACCCUGAGGCAACAAAUGGCUUCCUUUCCUAAUCUGACACCCACCAUCAAUAAGAUUUGUGGGACCGCAAGGCAGGACACCUGUACCCCAGGACAGUGCCAAGGGAUUCUGUGUCCCCGAGACAAUGGCACAACCUGUGACCCUGAUUGUAGGGGCACCCUCAAUCGAGCAGGCAGUGCCUUUAGGACUGCUAAACAGGUGUCCCAACAGCUCCAGGACUUCAAUGCUCAACUCCAGCAAACCAAGCAGAUGAUCCGAGCAGCAGAAGAAGCUGCCACCCAGAUCCAGACAGAUGCCCAGCUCCUAGAGACCCAGGUGAGCAAUAGCCGUUCUCAGAUGGAAGAGGAUGUCCGACGUACCCGUCUCCUCAUCCAGCAGGUCCGGGACUUUCUCACUGACCCCAGCACAGAUGCAGCCACCAUCCAGGAGAUUAGUGAGUCAGUUCUGGCUCUGUGGCUGCCCACGGACUCUGCCACUGUCCUUCGGAAGAUGAACGAGAUCCAGGCCAUUGCGGCCCGAUUGCCUAAUGUGGAUUUGGUUCUGUCUCAGACCAAGCAGGACGUUGCUCGGGCUCGGAAGCUCCAGGAGGAGGCAGAACUGGCCAGGAGCCGUGCCAUUGCUGUGGAGGGUCAGGUGGAAGAUGUGGUGGGGAACUUGCGCCAGGGCACAGUGGCACUUCAGGAGGCUGAGGAUACCAUGCAAGGCACCAGACGUUCCCUAGGACUCCUACAGGACCGGAUCACUGAGGUCCAGCAGGUUCUUGCUCCAACAGAAAGAAUGGUGACAGGUAUGACGGAGCAGCUGAGCAGCUUUAGGGACCGGAUUGAGCAGCUCCGCCUCAAGGUCGGAGAGCAGAGGGCACAGUCUGCCCAAGCCCAGAAGAUUGCCCAGGGGGCCAAUGAGCAAGCUCUAAGUGCUCAGCAGGGAUUUGAGAGAGUGAAACAAAAAUAUGCAGAACUGAAGGACCGGAUGGGUCAGAGCCCUAUGCUGGGGGAGCAAGGGACCCGGAUCCUGAGUGUCAAGGCUGAGGCUGAAGAGCUCUUUGAGGAGACCAUGUCUAUGAUGGACAGGAUGAAAGCUAUGGAAGCGGAGCUGCUGCUGGGAAGCCAGGCCAUCACCCUGCGUUCAGCAGACCUGACUGGUUUGGAAAAGCACGUGGAGAAGAUCCGGGACCACAUCAAUAAGCGAGUGCUCUACUAUGCCACCUGCCAAUGAUCCUCGGCACCAGCAAGCCCAGGGCCCUGCCUUUUUUUUUUCCUUUUCUGCUUUUCCUUGGAGAGCAGGUGUCAGCUCUUUACUCUCCAAGAAAUAGCCUAGAAGGUCUGGGUCCAGCUGAGCAGCCGGUCAGAUGGUUGGCAGUGGCAGCUGAGAGGAAGUAGACUGGACCACUGGGGACAUCUCAGAUGGAUACAGGCUGAAGCACUGAACAUCAGAACCACUAUUGAGGGAUGGAUGGACCAGAAGCAGCCACCAGCCCAAUAAAAAGCUUUGUUUUGUAAAUGA